AUGAUAAUCACACAAAUGAGUCAGUUCUACAUGGCUGGCCUUGGGCUUCUCUUCCUGAUUAAUAUUCUCCCUGGAACAACUGGCCAAGUGGAAUCAAGACGACAAGAACCUGGGGACUUUGUGAAGCAGGAUAUUGGCGGACUCUCUCCAAAGCAUGCUCCAGAUAUUUCUGAUGACAGCACCGACAACAUCACUAUCUUCACCAGAAUCUUGGAUCGUCUUCUGGAUGGCUAUGACAAUCGGCUGCGACCUGGGCUUGGAGAUGCUGUGACUGAAGUUAAGACUGACAUCUAUGUGACCAGUUUUGGCCCUGUGUCAGACACUGACAUGGAGUACACCAUUGAUGUAUUUUUUCGGCAAACAUGGCAUGAUGAAAGACUGAAAUUUGAUGGACCCAUGAAGAUCCUUCCACUGAAUAAUCUCCUGGCUAGUAAGAUCUGGACCCCUGACACCUUCUUCCACAAUGGCAAGAAAUCAGUGGCCCAUAACAUGACCACACCUAACAAGCUGCUCAGACUGGUGGACAAUGGAACCCUCCUCUACACGAUGAGGUUAACAAUUCAUGCCGAGUGUCCCAUGCAUUUGGAAGAUUUUCCUAUGGAUGUGCAUGCCUGCCCACUGAAGUUUGGAAGCUAUGCCUAUACAACAGCUGAAGUCGUUUAUUCUUGGACUCUUGGGAAGAACAAAUCUGUGGAAGUGGCACAAGAUGGCUCUCGACUGAAUCAAUAUGACCUGCUGGGCCAUGUUGUUGGGACAGAAAUAAUCCGGUCUAGUACAGGAGAAUAUGUCGUCAUGACAACCCACUUCCAUCUCAAGCGAAAAAUUGGCUACUUUGUGAUCCAGACCUACUUGCCAUGUAUCAUGACUGUCAUCCUGUCACAAGUGUCUUUCUGGCUCAACAGAGAGUCUGUCCCUGCCCGCACGGUCUUUGGUGUCACCACUGUUCUCACCAUGACCACCUUGAGUAUCAGUGCCAGAAACUCCUUACCUAAAGUGGCAUAUGCGACGGCCAUGGAUUGGUUCAUAGCCGUGUGUUAUGCCUUUGUAUUUUCUGCGCUGAUUGAGUUUGCGACCGUGAACUACUUCACAAAACGGAGUUGGGCUUGGGAAGGCAAGAAGGUGCCAGAGGCCCUGGAGAUGAAGAAGAAAACACCAGCAGUCCCGACCAAGAAAACCAGCACCACUUUCAACAUCGUGGGAACCACCUAUCCCAUCAACCUGGCCAAGGACACUGAGUUCUCUGCCAUCUCCAAGGGCGCUGCUCCAAGCACCUCCUCCACCCCGACAAUCAUUGCUUCACCCAAGACCACCUAUGUGCAGGAUAUCCCGACUGAGACCAAGACCUACAACAGUGUCAGCAAGGUUGACAAGAUUUCCCGCAUCAUCUUUCCUGUGCUCUUUGCCAUUUUCAAUCUGGUCUAUUGGGCUACAUAUGUCAACCGGGAGUCAGCUAUCAAGGGCAUGAUCCGCAAACAGUAG